AUGUGCGCUGCAGCCUGUACUUCUGCUAGUGGGUGCCUGGGAUUCAACUGGAUGGCCAUGGUUACGACAAAAUGCCAACUUCUCUCAAGCCUCCGAGUGGUUGUAGCAGACGCUUCCUGCGCUCUUUAUGUACCAGAAGUGUUUGCGAGGACGGCCAUCAAACUUGAGUUCAGUUGUCCAACCUGCAUGGGAAGCGCGCCCUUCGCUGGAGAAUUUUGGCAGCACUCUUGUGACAAUGGCGUGAUAGCAGGGCUUGCCUCCGUCACCUCUUUUCCAGAUCUUGAUUACAUGCUGUGUAUUCAGUACCAAGGACUGCUAAUGAUCACAAAUAAUGGCUUUACCUGUUUAGACGAUACACGAGGCUGCAAUACAAUAACAGCUUUUCCUGUAAGUACAAAAUUCUGAAAUCUUUUUUCGAUAUGAUUCACAGGAUACUCUAGCUUUGGAUCAGUUUGCACAAACAAAACACUGCCAGUCUCUCUCUCUC